CUUCGCGACUUUCGCCGUCUCUCACUACCAGGUGCGAUUCAAUUGCCAGCAAGAAGACCGAGCAGCCUUCUUGUAAUUAGAGCCACAACACUCGAUAAUCGAUAAGUCAAGAGAGAUCAAUCAGGCAACAUGGCGGAUAAGGAAUCCUGGAAGAAGGAGGAGGAAGAGGAAGAAGAAGAUUAUGACGAGAGUACCUUCAUUACACAGAAAGAUGCCGUUCUAUUUGCAAUUGAUGUCAGCAAGACUAUGCUCACCGAUCCUCCACCUUCCAACGACAAGAAAGCCGAGAAGGACAGCCCAACCUUAGCUGCUAUCAAGUGCGCAUAUCAGAUCAUGCAGCAGCGGAUCAUAUCAAGCCCAAAAGACAUGAUGGGAGUCUUGUUAUUUGGCACCGAACAGUCCAAAUUCCAAGACGAAGAUGCGAGCAGUCGUGGAGGCAUCCAAUAUCCUCAUUGUUAUCUGCUGAGCGAUUUGAACAUCCCGGAUAUCGAAGAUGUGAAAACUCUCAAAGGAAUUGUGGAGAAUGAGGAAGGGGCGCGAGAAAUACUUGAGCCAACAAGGGAACCAGUGUCGAUGUCCAACAUGCUCUUCUGUGCGAACCAGAUCUUUACUACGAGGGCACCAAACUUUGGCUCGCGAAGACUGUUCAUUAUCACAGACAAGGACGACCCUCAUGCUGCAGACAAGAACAUGAGAAACCAAGCUCAGGUUAGAGCGAAGGAUUUAUACGAUCUUGGUGUCAUCAUUGAGCUCUUCCCAAUUUCUCAUCCCGACCAUGAGUUUGAUCGCUCGAAGUUUUACGAUGAUAUCAUCUAUCGUGAUGCUGCUGAAGGUUCAGACUUGGCUCUGCCACCAACUGCUUUCAAGUCACAGGGAGGCGGUGGUAUUUCACUGCUCAGCACUCUGAUCUCAGACAUCAACUCUAAACAGGUGGCAAAGAGAUCGCUGUUCUCUCACAUGCCUUUUGAAAUUGGUCCCAGUCUAAAGAUCACAGUCAAAGGAUAUAACCUCCUGCAAAAACAAGCGCCAGCACGCAACUGCUUCAUCUGGGCUGGCGGAGAGACACUGCAGAUUGCUCAGGGCGAGACCAAAAAGUUUUCAGGGGGCGACGUAGCACGAGAAGUGCAAAAGGUCGAAAUCAAGAAAGCUUACAAAUUUGGUGGUACCAACGUCAUGUUCAACCCAGAAGAACAGAAGGAGCUCAAGAAUUUCGGUCCACCUGUCCUUCGAAUUAUUGGCUUCAAGCCUCGUUCAAUGCUCAAGAUACAGGAUUCGGUCAAGAAAUCAACUUUCAUCUAUCCAAGUGAAGAAGACUACGUUGGCUCAACUCGUGUCUUUGCAGCACUUUGGAAGAAGCUUGUCAAGUCAAAGAUCAUGGGCGUAGCAUGGUUCAUUGCCAGAUCCAAUGCAUCGCCUGCGCUGGUUGCCAUUCUACCAUCCGAGGAGAGAUUCGACGACAGUCGUGUUCAAGUAAUUCCUGCUGGUCUUUGGUUAUACCCUCUUCCAUUUGCAGACGACAUUCGGGAACCCGGCCCAGUGCCAAAACCUUUGAUAGCUUCCGAAGAGCUUACAACCUCAACGCGGAAGAUUGUCCAACAAUUACAACUACCAGGUGGUAUAUAUGAUCCCAGCAAAUACCCUAAUCCAUCUUUACAAUGGCAUUACAAAAUCAUCCAGGCGAUGGCGUUAGAAGACGAAAUCCCCACCGUUCAAGAAGACAAAACAAUGCCAAAGUUUCGCCAAAUCGAUAAACGCGCCGGAGAAUAUAUCAACGAGUGGGGUAAGAUACUGGACGAAGAAGCACGGGCAUCCCAGAAAUCCCGAUAUGGUGGGAUUGAUGGGACGGAUUUGAAACGAGGCAGUGAUGACGAUGAUGGUCCACCGAAGAAGAAAAUAAAAGUAGAGAAGAAUGAGGGGACUCUUGCUGAUAUGAGUGUGGACGAUUUGAAAAAUGCUGUAGAGAGAGGUACUUUGAAGAAGUUUACUCUCGCAGAUUUGAGAGACUGGCUAAAGACCAAAGGUCUCAGUUCCUCGGGAAAGAAGCAAGACUUGAUCGACAGGAUUGAGCAAUGGGUUGAAGAUCACUGAUGGAUACGAAAGCAUAUGGAUGGCGUUGUAGGAACACUGUAAAUUAUGACUGUCCAAUUGGGGUGUGGAAAAGGUUACGAAUCAUGGUUCCAUGUAAGGAUAUGUAGCUUACGAAUGCUAUGAAUGCUACGAAGAACUUACAAGC